AUGGACAAGUGCAAGGUGAGGAGCACCUGUGCUUUCUCAUGGUGCGCAGACAGGCAGGAAGAUGGAGUAGGCCCUGGAGACCACGGGAACAGCCAAGAUGCAGGGGUUCAUGGAUAUGUUCAGCCUGUUGGGAAGGUGGGUGAUGAAGCAACCAUUAUCUCAGGUACAAAGCUUGCUAAACAAGUUUUGAAAGAAGUUCAAAGGGAUGUAGAAUCAUGGAUAUCCUCUGGAAACAAGAGACCUCAUCUCACUGUCAUAUUAGUAGGAGACAAUCCAGCUAGUCGUAUCUAUGUCAGAAACAAGAUAAAAGCAGCUGCAGCUGUAGGCAUUUCUAGUGAGAUCAUACUGAGGCCUAAAGACAUUUCUCAGGAAGAACUCUUAGAUAUGACGGUAAAACUCAACAAGGAUUCAAGAGUUAGUGGUUUAUUAGUUCAGCUACCUCUGCCAGAUCACAUAGAUGAACGAACAGUUUGUAACGCUAUUGCACCUGAAAAGGAUGUGGAUGGAUUUCAUAUUAUGAAUAUUGGACGCCUGUGUCUUGAUCAGCCUUCUGUAAUACCUGCCACUGCUGCUGCCGUGUGGGAAAUUAUAAAACGGACAGGAAUACAAACAUUUGGAAAAAAUGUUGUUGUAGCUGGAAGAUCUAAGAAUGUUGGAAUGCCAAUUUCAAUGCUUUUACAUACUGAUGGAGAGCAUGAGAGGCCUGGAGGUGAUGCUACAGUGACCAUUGCUCACAGGUACACACCAAAAGAGCAGCUCAAGAUCCAUACACAACUCGCUGACAUUAUAAUAGUAGCUGCAGGUAUCCCAAAGUUGAUUACAACUGAUAUGGUCAAGGAAGGUGCAGCUGUGAUUGACGUUGGCAUCAACCAUAUCCACGAUGCUCUUACAGGAAAGACCAAAUUAGUUGGGGAUGUGGACUUUGAAGAAGUAAAGAAGAAGGCUGGCUUUAUCACUCCAGUGCCAGGAGGGGUAGGACCUAUGACUGUUGCAAUGCUUCUGAAGAACACACUCAUAGUUGCUAAAAAGCUCAUUUAUUAG